AUGGAAAUACCAAGUUCUUAUGGUUCAGUUGCCGUUCCGCCAAGUCUCAAUCAUUUUGCAAUAUAUAAUCCUACCUUUGGGCCUACAGAAGAAACACAGCAAGAUCAAUUAUUAUAUUAUGUAGCAAAGAAAACAGUUUCAAUGGACGUCAAAAUGCGUCAAAUUGGCUUGGCUCAGGGCUUAAUUAACUUUACAAGGGCAUUCUCUCCAGCAAAGGCUUGUGAAAAUGUUCAUACACAAAAAAAUCGAAUGGUAUUUCAUGAACCGGAAAAAAAUUAUUGGAUAUAUGUUUCCAUCGAAUUAGGCUGCAUGAAAAAAUUAACGAAGGAUAAAGAUGGUAAACCGAAAACUGUCACUGAAUAUCUCGAUUCGAAUUUACAUGAUUCAGGAAUAAAAAGGAUGCUUGAAAUGGGGUACGAAAUGUAUAGAGUAUUCAAUGGUACUUUUGAAUCGACAGUAAAAACUUUGGGAGUAAAGGCUUUAAGAAUUAAAUUGGAAGAAUUUUUCUCAAAUUGGGUUCUUGAAUGGGAUUUUGAUAAAACAGAAUUGACAAAGACAAUUGAUGCCAUUGCGAAGGUUUCAUCAUUUGUCGAACAGAUUCAAACGGAGUACAAAUUUAUAUCAGAGAUAAUUGUAUUGUGGCAAAAUAAAUUGGUAUACAAUGGUGAUGGAAAUAGAUGUAUAUCAGAAAAUGACUUAAAGAGCAUAUUACGACAUCUAGUUCCUUUGAUAUCAGAGAGAGAUGCACUUGAAAGAGAACUACUUGAGAAAAAAAAGAAAUCUAAAGAAGCUGAAAAGUUAUCACUCAAAGGUUUUACCCGAAAUUUCUCUGGAAGUAACCUCUUUUCAUAUUUUUCAUCAACCAUUUCUCCAAGUUCAUCACCGCCUAACAACACGUAUGCUAGUAAUUCAUCAACUCAACAUGAUACAUCACAUUCUUCGUCGAAUUUGACACCAUCUACAAAUUUCUUGUUGGGACCAUCACAUUUGAAUGUAGAUGAUAACGGCAUAAAACCUUUGAAGGUAUAUUUGACCAAAAAGGUAACUGAUACCUUCGAAGAUGAUAUCAAUGAAACCGAUGAUGAAUACGAAGGCAAUGUUGAAGAAUAUUUUCUCGUUGCAUACAAGCAAAAUGAUCUUACACUCGUUUUUCUAAUACCGAAUACCUUGCCAGAAGGCAAUACAAAAGUUUAUGAUAUAACAUUUUACAAAUCUAUACACAAAUAUUUAUCAUCAAAUUCAGAUGAUAUUAUAAAAAUCAUGAAUGAAGAUUAUGAACAUUCUAAAAAACUUGGAGCUUUUAUCAGAUCUGAUACAGAUAAAGAAUAUCGCUAUGUGUUUUUUAAUAAACUUAAUUUGGCCAUUAAAUCAUCACUUUAUCCAUCUACUGCCUCUAAUGGAACAUCAUCAUCCAAAGGAUUAACCAUCACUAGCGAAAUGGCACAUGCAUUAUGUGAUUUACAUGAAGAUCUAGAAAAGUAUCCACAUUUAACAGAAAUUUAUACACGAUCAACAACGAAUUUUUGGAUUGUGGGUAGAAGAUCUGACGGUCGAAUGUUAUAUGUUGUUGUACCUAAAAAAGAAGUUUCUUUGAUGGAGGUCGAAGAUGAUGUGAGAAAAUUAAGUAAUUUUCAUUUUUCUGGAUUAUAUAUUGAUUAA